CCUAAUACAACUCUACUUCUCUCAGCGUAUUUCAUUUUAGCUGUUAGGGCUCUUGAUGUCCAUGGCAGUUUUUUCAAGAGCAAUUCCAGCUUUUGUGCUCUUAUUACUCUACAACUUCUCUGAAGCUAGAGAGAUAUUGGUUGGAGGUAGUGCAGAUGGAUGGAAGAUUCCGUCCACUCAAUCUGAAUCCCUCAAUCAAUGGGCCGGAAAUUUUCGUUUUCUCGUUGGUGACUCUCUCGUGUGGAAAUAUGACAGCGGGAAAGACUCUGUAUUGCAAGUGAACAAGGAAGAUUAUAUGAACUGCAAUACAUCUAAACCCAUUGAAGAGUACAAAGACGGAAACACUAAGGUGAAACUUGACCGAUCUGGGCCAUUCUACUUCAUCAGCGGAGCUGAAGGACACUGUGAAAAGGGUCAGAAGUUGGUUGUGGUGGUUCUUUCUUCAAGACGCAGGUACACUGGCAUUUCUCCAGCACCUUCUCCUGUGGAGUUCGAGGGUCCGGCAGUUGCUCCGACUAGCAGUAGUACGAGUUUGCAAGGCAGUUUGAUGGUUGCGCUGUGGGUUUUUGCUUUCGGAAUUUUUUUGAUGUGAUUCCAAAAGAGGAAGAGGGUGGGUUGGGCGAUUCAUUGAUUACCAGCUUUUGAGCUUAUUAUUUUGUGGGGAUUCUUUUUUCAGACUAUACCCAACCAACAAUUGAGCACAUUUGUUAAUUGUUAUUCCUUGAUCUCUCUCCUCAGAGUAGCCUUUUUUACGUUUUCUUUUCGGCUUCAUAAAAAUGAGUUCAUAUAAAUUUUGCAA